AUGCAUUCUGAUUUUGAACAAGGAGAAAAUGUAGAAGAAACUCCUAAUGAAGAAGCAAAAAUCUUUUAUGAACAAUUGCGUGAUUGUAGUAGUCCUUUGUUCAACGGGAGUCAACACUCUAAAUUGUCUGUUGCAGUUAGAUUGUUAAGUAUCAAAUCUGACAAUAAUAUUUCUCAAGGAGUAAUGGACUCUAUGAUAGAUCUUAUGAAGGAAUUAGUUGAUCCCAAUGUAGAGAUUCCUGAUUCUUGUUGUAAAGCAAAUGCAUUGGUGUCUAAGUUAGGACUCUUCUCGAUAAGAAUUGAUUGUUGUAAAAACAGUUGGAUGUUAUACUAUAAGGAGGAUAUCGAUCUAAAGUCUUGUAAGUUUUGUAAUCACCCUCACUAUAAGACUGGUUCUACCGAAAAGAAACUUGCUAUUAAGGCGAUGUAUUAUUUACUUCUUAUACCAAGAUUGAAGAGGUUGUACGCAUCAAAUAGCUCUGCUCCUCAUAUGAGAUGGCACCGUGAAAAUAGAAGGCCACCUAGUGUCAUGUGUCAUCCAUUUGACGGAGAGGCUUGGAAACAUUUUGAUAGAACUUAUCCAGAUUUUGCCGCUGAACCAAGGAAUGUUAGGCUGGGUUUGUGUGCGGAUGGUUUCACCCCUUUUUCAGUUGGGGCUGCACCAUAUUCUUGUUGGCUUGUGUUUAUUACACCGUAUAAUCUUCCACCUGAGAUGUGUAUGACAAGUCCAUAUAUAUAUCUGAAUUGUGUCAUUCCUGGUUCGAGUAAUCCAAAAAGCAAGGUUGAUGUGUACUUACAACCUUUGAUUGAUGAGUUGAAAUUGUUGUGGUUUGAGGGGGUAGAAACAUGGGACAUUUCUCGUAAACAAAAUUUCAACAUGUGUGCUACUUUAAUGUGGACUAUUAAUGAUUUUCCUGCCUAUGGAAUGCUAUCUGGAUGGAUGACAGCUGGAAAGAGAAAGAAAUAUGCAUUUAAAAAGAAUAAAACUGAACGAGAUGGUCCACCCCCAAUAUUAACGGGUGAUGAUAUUUGGGAAAGGGUUCAAAAUUUUCCAAAGGUAAUUGAGGAACCACCGUACAAAUUUGAUGGGUAUGGUGUUGCACAUAAUUGGGCUAAUCAGAGUAUAUUCUGGGAGUUACCUUAUUGGAAGGAUAAUUUGCUUAGACAUAAUCUUGAUGUCAUGCAUAUUGAAAAGAAUUAUUUUGAUAAUCUGUUCAACACUGUAAUGGAUGUAACUGGCAAGACAAAAGAUAAUGUUAAGGCUAGACUUGACUUACCAGAACAUUGUAGACGAUCGGAGUUGCAUUUACAGGAGUCUGCCAACAAUAAGUUACUUAAGCCCAAGGCUAGUUAUUCAUUCACAAUGGAACAUAAGAGAAAAAUUUGUGAGUGGGUGGAAAGCUUGAAAAUUUCAGAUGGAUAUACCUCAAAUUUGGGAAAGAGGGUUGACAUUGAGUAUGGAAUAUUACAUGGGAUGAAAAGUCACGACUGUCAUGUUUUCAUGGAACAAUUACUUCCGAUUGCUUUUUGUGGAUUACCUGAAAACAUAUGGAAACCAAUGGCAGAGAUUAGUUUGUUCUUCAAAGACUUGUGUUCCAGCACAUUGAGAGUAGAGAAUCUGGUUCGAAUGGCCAAAAAUAUCGUUGUUAUUAGUAAUAAGUUGGAGAAGAUUCUUCCACCUGGGUUCUUUGAUGUGAUGGAACAUCUUCCUAUUCACCUUGUUCAUGAAGCCCUACUGGGAGGUCUAGUUCAAUAUAGGUGGAUGUAUCCUUUUGAGCGUUAUUUUGUGAGCCAAUAUGGUCAUGAUCAAGUGUUUCCAUCAUUUAUAACGUGGUAUACUAAUUGGGUCUACAAUUCAGAAAAUGCCGCCACAUUUGAUCAAUUUUUCAAGGAUAUUUCUUGGGGACCGAUUACAGUUCACACAAUGUCCCAAUAUAACGUAAAUGGUUUUAAAUUUGCCACAGAGAACUACUCAAAGAAUAAGAAAACUAAUAAUAGUGGUGUUUGGGUUAAAGGUGAUGAUGGAAGUCAAAAUGAGAAUGUUGAUUAUUUUGGUGUCCUACAGGAGAUUCUAGAGUUGGAGUAUUCGGGUUGGCCAAUCAAAAGAAUAGUACUUUUCCAAUGCAAGUGGUUUGAUCCAACUUCAAGAGGUACGAGGGAGCUUAAGCAACAUAAUAUCAUUGAAGUCAAGCACACUAGGAAGUAUGAGGCUUAUGAUCCUUUUAUUAUUGCACAGAAUGCUAAGCAAGUGUACUAUGCUCUUUAUCCGUUGCGUAGGGAUAAGUCUGAUUGGUGGGUUGUAAUCAAAACAGAACUAAUGGGGCGAGUGGAAGUUGAGAGUGAAUUGGAUGUUGCAUAUCAAAAUGAAAUAUCAAGUGUUAGUAUGCAAGGACUGAGGAGCGGAAAGCCACUUUCCAAUCAAUUACGACUCCUCACUCAGAUAUUGAUAGUGUCCGUGAAGUUCUUGGAGAAAUGA